AUGGAUGCUACGUCGCCACGUUGCGAAGGCCAAUGUCUGCGAGGUGGGCCUACCACGGUGGCUAUGCUGUCCAUGAUUGAGAUGAUCCUGUGCUUCCGCUGA